AGUCAGACGCAGACGUUAGGGACGAGAGCACGUUCGUUUCGGUCAUGUCAUUAAUAAAAUCGUAAGUUUCGUGUGUUGUUGGUCGAAAUAAACAUGCCUGCAAGUGUCUUGCAAAGAUUACCGAUGCCGAAUUUGAAGAUCUAUUCGAGUGUAAGCGUGCUAGCGCUGUCGGCGUGCAUUUAUUAUGCUGUGCAGAAUAUUAAGGAUCCCAAAAAUAUUAUUGACACAGAAAACGAGAUCGAGAAGUUGGGGAUGAAUAACACGAAUUCUUCUGAUGGUCCUGUUAGGACUGUCACGCAGUUUUUAAGCGAUGUUUUUUAUCUUAUGAUGAGGGAAAACGUCUGCACUUGGACUAUGAUAAACAUGGCCUUUUGUUGGCUCAUACUGGUUGGCAGGGUCGUUCAAAAGUUGGUUUUCGGGGAACUUCGCGUCUCCGAGCAGCAACAUCUCAAGGAUAAAUUUUGGAACUUCAUUUUUUAUAAGUUCAUUUUUGUAUUUGGCGUCAUAAACGUUCAGUACAUUGACGAAGUACUGCUCUGGUGCUCAUGGUUUGCUGUGCUGGGAUUCCUGCACCUACUUUCGCAGCUUUGUACUGAUAGAUUUGAAUAUCUUUCAUUUUCACCGACAACUCCGAUAUGGCACCACGUGAAACUCAUGUGCCUAUUGGCUGCGAUUUUAAUGCUGUCUUGUUUUAUGCUUUUGGUGUCAGUUUUUGUUGGAUUUUUCGGAGGGAUACACACAUUUGCUUUCAUGUCUGCAGAGGUGAUUCACUUGGGCGUCCGCACUUUGCACACCAUCAUCCGCUACGGUCUCCACCUCUACGAUCUCCGACAGGAAGGCGGCAUGUCGGCCGCCAAUCAAAGCGAGGAGUGCAAGGUGUGGGAACGGAGAGGUUCCAUAGCUUACUACACGGAAAUGGGAUUCGAACUUACCGCCUUGAUCAUCGACCUCCUCCAUCACAUCCACAUGCUCUUCUGGAGCAACAUCUUCCUUUCCAUGGCCAGUUUAGUGAUCUGCAUGCAGAUGAGGUAUCUGUUCUACGAGAUCCAGAGGAAGUACAAGAAGCACAGGAAUUAUUUGUGGGUCAGGAAUCACCUGGAGCAAAACUAUCCAAUGGCCACUGUAGAGGAGCUGACCGAAAAUUCGGAUAAUUGCGCCAUCUGUUGGGAGAAGAUGGACUCGGCUAGGAAGUUGCCUUGUAACCAUCUGUUUCACAACACUUGCCUUCUCUCAUGGCUGGAGCAGGACACAUCCUGUCCCACUUGCCGCUUGGCUUUGAACAUUCAGAGCACCAGGCGGGACCCUGUGGAACCUCCGGCAGAGGUCGCACAGCCGGUUCGCCGCCAUCUUUCUUUCUUCCACUUCGACGGGUCUCGGUACGUGUCGUGGUUCCCGAGCUUUUCCGUCGAAAUAAACCACUCGAACCUGCAGAGGCAGGAACCGGCUCCUGCCACCACGUCUCAGCUCGAAGCUAUGGCAAGACAGGUUCAAACUUUGUUUCCCCACCUGACAACCUCGAUAAUAAUCGACGAUCUGCGCGUGACUCGGUCAGUCGAGUUGACGGUUGAAAAUGUCCUUGACGGCCGCCUGGUGGCGCCACACGUUUUCCGUGACGUAGACUUUACAUCGCCUACGUCGACGACAUACGCUGUGGCUUCAAACGAACCCGACAAAGAACGAAGCUGGCACGAACUCACAGCCACAUCUGACAACGUUGCAGAAAAUGAGGAUUCUGCAGUUAUAGGAAGUAGAUUCUCGAAAUCUUCUACGGAAAGGGAGCAAAUUUUGCUAAAACGCAAAGAAAAACUGCUGCACAAUGCGCGCAAGCGUUACAUUGAAAAGCGUAAACAGACCGAACACGUGCAUUCGCAGAGCUGAACUAUUCAUUUGUAAGUUGUACAUUGACGUUUUUACUGUCAAACGGUCUCGGCUGACUAAGAUUUUAACUGUAGAGAAAUAUUGCGGAAAUAUGAUAAAAUGUUGCAAACUAAAAUUGUCCCUUUUAAAAUUGAAAAAAAUAAUAAAAUUAUGCCAAAAUCUUGUUAGAUAGUGGGGCCAAAUCGAUUAAUAAAAGAAGUUUUAUCAUAUUUUACGUUUUUAGUCAGUUAAGGACAACUUUUAAAUACUACAUUUUUAAAAAAUAGAAGUAUAACUAAAUGUUUUAGAUCCUGACUAUAACAACCUAAUAAUAAGUACUUGUAAUAAAUAACCAUGUUUACCGCGCGUGCGCUAUAGUCUACCGUACACUAACCGACGAAAGUAUUAGUAGAAUUACUUUUGUCCGCCCGUGUACAUUGUUUUUAUUUUUUAUUGAUUUAAUUUUUGUACAUAGAGUUUAGUUGUUAUAUAUUUGUUUUUAAGUAAAAAAAAUUAAAGGGAAUAUAAUAUUUUGAUAUGAAAUUUAAGUACGCUUAUUAUAUGAGAAAAGCUCAAUAUGAAAAAUAUUUUUUAUGAGAAGAAAGAUUUUACAGGGAAAACGCAAAAGUUUUCCAUAAAAUGUACUUCUAAGGAUCGUUAAAAAUGGCUUUUAAUUGGUUAGGUCUUAAUUAUUUUACAUUAAAUACUUAAAAAUACUUGAGUAUUAAGGGGACAUUCAACUAAAGAUUGUCUCCCUGCUCUAUUGUCCAAGUUUUUAACUGUAGAAUGUCCAAUUUAAGGUUUUUUUAAUUUAUUUAGUUUUAGCAUUCGUAUUUAGCACAUUUUAUGCUGCUUAUCUAUUUUAAGUGUUAUAUAAUUGCUUACCACUUAAGUUUGUGAUAUUUUUAGCGUAGUAUUCAUUUAUACAGAAUAUUUUCAAAUAUACCCUGUAUAUUAUUAUCAAUUACAUUUGAAUGGUUUUUAAUAAGACUGACAAGCUUUGAAUAAAGAGUGGUGCAAAAUAAAAAUCCAAAAAAUGCACAUUUUUUAAGUUUUUUAUUUUGCAAAAUAUUGAUAAUGCGUGAUAUGAUCUUAUCGUUUUUUUAAUAGCUAGGUUUCAGUUUACAUAAUACUUAACAGUACUUGACAUGUUAUAGGCUAUGUAACUGUCAUAACAGUCAGGUUGGCACAACUGAAAUGUACUCUAUA